AUGUCAAGACAAUAUAAAAUAAAUUUUCCUCGUCCUAUGUGUUUUUGGUAUGCUAAUGACGUUGAAGCAUGGUUGAAAAUUAAAAAACCAAAAUUAGCUUUACGAUAUUCAGGGAUAUUUAUAAAUAAUUAUGUUACAGGACGUGUUUUAGUUGAUAUGACAGAAGCUGAUUUAGCUGAGAUUGGUAUUAAUAAUCAUGAGGAAAGACAAGAACUUCUUGUAGAAAUUAAAAAAGGACGACUAACAAGUGAUCUUGAUGAAAUGAUGAAGUUAAAAGAUAUCUAA